AUGCCACCCUCCCCUCGCGCAUCUCGGCUCGAGCUCCAAAACCCAGCUCAAAAGCCAGCACGGGAGGGGAGGAAAUUGCAUCGACCCGAAGAGCAGAGGCGAGAACGUACCCAGGCCGAUACCAAGGUCGAGGAUGAGGUUGCGGCGAAGCAUCUGUCGUCGGUGUUAGCUCCGUUUCGGCAAUGGGAUCAGUCAUUCGAGGGAUUGCUUCAAUCCCGAGCCGCCGCCUGCUCCGUGGCACGACAGCCAUUGGCGGCCCGCGACCGCCUCUGCGGGGAUGCCGCCACGACCCUCCGGCCGUCCACCGUCCCCAACGCCCUCUGCGCCUCCCUCCAGGCCCUCUCCCUCUCGGGCUCGCAAGCCCCGCCUCAUUCCCUCCUCCAGCAGCAGUCCCGCUCCAUCUCAUGGGGCUCCUGGGCCUCGUGGGGCUCCUCCCGCAAGAAGGACGCCGCCGGCGCCUUCGCCGAUGACCUGACCAAGGCCUCGACGCGGCAGUCCCUCGCCGACCGCCUCAGCAACCCGAACCUGAGCCGCGACUCCAUCUUCGCCGACCAGGUGCAGCAGCCGCAGUCCGAGACGACGACGUCCUCCUCGCAGCAGCAGGGGAGACCGGCAGGCGGAGGAGGCCCGACGGGCGCCUCCAUGGUCAAGGAGCACCUCGCCCGGGCCGUGGACCCGGACCCGCGCAGCCGCGUCCGCUGGCAGCGCAAGAUGGUCAUGCGGCGCGUGCGGCGCGGGCUCGACCCCCUCGACCGCGAGACGCGCGCCGAGCGCAUCGCCCGCACCGAGCGCCGCCACGCCUCCAAGAGCGAGAACCUGCCGACCUCGACCAAGAAGCUCGUCCACCUGGCGCGCCAGAUCGCCGGCAAGACGGUCGACGACGCCAUCGUGCAGAUGCGCUUCAGCAAGAAGAAGAUGGCCCGCGAGGUGCGGUACCAGCUCGAGCUCGCCCGCGACGAGGCCGUCGUCCAGCGCGGCAUGGGCCUCGGCAGGGUGUCGGGCGAGAAGGAGGGAGGAGAUGCCGCUGCCGCCGCCGCUGCCGAGCCCGUCAAGAUCCAGACCAAGGACGGCAAGUGGCUGUCCAUCGAGGACCCGACCCGGCUGUACGUCGAGCAGGCCUGGGUGGGCAAGGGCCCGCCGCGAGGCUACAAGAUCGACUACCGUGCCCGAGGCCGGGCGCACAAGAUGACCCGCCCCACGACAUGUGAGUUUGCCGCCUUUACCCAACUCCGAGACCCUUCUCUGGUUUCUUUUGUAAAUCAGGGCCAUCUGUAUGCUGACCAAGGUUUUUUACCCACUGCAAUAGCCAUCACCAUGGUCAUCAAGGAGGAGAAGACGAGGAUACGAGAGCACGAGGAGCGGCAGGCCAAGAAGGCGCGCCAGGGACCCUGGGUUCACCUGCCCAACCGGCCGGUCACGGCCCAGCGGCCCUACUACUCAUGGUAG